AUGAGCGCCAACGGGCCAGCCCCAGACCCUGCCCCAGCGGCCCCAGAAGCCCCUCCUGCCUCUACCCCUGCCCCUGCUCCGGUCCCAGCCCCAGCCCCCGCGGCACCACCCGCUCCUCCUGCCCCGCCUGCCCCAGCGGCCACUACCAUCCCGGUAGGUGCGUUGGCACAGAAGAAGCGGCAGCAGUAUGCCAAAAGCAAGAAACAAGGCAGUAACGCCAACAGCAGGCCACCGAGGGCUCUGUUCUGCCUCAACCUCAACAACCCCAUACGCAGGGCCUGCAUCAGCCUGGUGGAGUGGAAGCCAUUUGAUAUCUUUAUAUUAAUUGCUAUUUUUGCCAACUGUAUGGCCUUAGCUGUCUAUGUCCCCUUCCCUGAAGAUGAUUCCAACUCCACAAACCAUGACCUGGAAACAGUUGAGUAUGCCUUCCUCAUCAUUUUCACAAUUGAGACCUUUCUGAAGAUUAUUGCUUAUGGUUUGGUGAUGCACCAGAACGCGUACGUGAGGAAUGGUUGGAACAUGCUGGAUUUCGUCAUUGUUGUCAUAGGACUCUUCAGUGUUGUCUUGGAGCUUUUGACCAAAGAGGAGAAGGGAGAUGGCGAGGGAGAUAAAGAACACCCGUCGAUGCACGGGCAUGGGGGUAAACCAGGUGGAUUUGAUGUUAAAGCCCUUCGAGCCUUCCGUGUGCUGCGACCCCUGCGGCUGGUCUCAGGAGUACCCAGUUUACAGGUGGUGUUGAACUCCAUCAUUAAAGCCAUGGUCCCUCUCCUUCACAUUGCCCUCUUGGUCUUGUUUGUCAUUAUCAUCUAUGCUAUUAUCGGCCUGGAGCUUUUCAUUGGCAAAAUGCACGCAACCUGCUUUAUUCCUGGCUCAGAUGCGAUAGCAGAGGAGGAACCAGCUCCGUGUGCGAUCUCAGGGCACGGGCGCCAAUGCCCCAUCAACGGCACAGAGUGCAGGGAAGGCUGGCAAGGUCCCAACGGUGGCAUCACCAACUUUGACAACUUCCUGUUUGCCAUGCUGACAGUGUUUCAGUGUAUCACCAUGGAGGGCUGGACGGAUGUGCUGUACUGGAUGAACGAUGCUAUGGGCUUUGAGCUUCCAUGGGUGUACUUUGUCAGUCUUGUGAUCUUCGGCUCCUUUUUCGUUCUUAACCUGGUUUUGGGUGUGUUGAGCGGAGAGUUCUCCAAGGAGAGAGAAAAGGCCAAAGCUCGUGGAGACUUCCAGAAGCUGCGUGAGAAGCAGCAGCUGGAGGAGGAUCUGAAGGGUUACCUGGACUGGAUCACUCAGGCUGAAGACAUCGACCCCGACAACGAGGAUGAGGCCGAUGAGGAGAGCAAGCGCAACCGGGUGACUCUGGCUGACCUUACAGAGAAGAAGAAGGGAAGGUUUGGGUGGUUCAGCCAGUCGUCCGACACUCAUGCGAGCGUUCCAGCCAGUGAAACAGAGUCCGUGAACACCGAGAACCAAAACGGGGAAGAUGAAAAGACGCCAUGCUGCGGACCUCUGUGUCAAAAAAUUUCGAAGUCAAAGUUCAGUCGGCGCUGGCGCCGCUGGAACAGGUUCUGCCGCAGGAAGUGCCGGUUGGCUGUCAAAUCGGUGCCUUUCUAUUGGCUGGUCAUCAUCCUGGUGUUCCUCAACACCCUCACCAUAUCAUCAGAGCAUUACAACCAGCCCCUGUGGCUGACACAAGUGCAGGAUGUGGCCAACAAGGUGCUGUUAGCCCUGUUCACGUGUGAAAUGUUGGUGAAGAUGUACAGUCUGGGGCUACAGGCCUAUUUUGUUUCACUGUUCAACCGCUUUGACUGCUUCGUGGUGUGUGGAGGAAUCACUGAAACCAUUCUGGUCGAGUUGGAAAUCAUGUCUCCCCUCGGUAUCUCUGUGUUCCGCUGCGUCCGUCUGCUGAGGAUCUUCAAGGUCACACGGCACUGGCAGUCUCUGAGUAACCUGGUGGCGUCUCUGCUCAACUCCAUGAAGUCCAUUGCUUCCCUGCUGCUGCUGCUCUUCCUCUUCAUCAUCAUCUUCUCCCUGCUGGGCAUGCAGGUGUUUGGUGGAAAGUUCAACUUUGACGAAACCCAGACCAAGAGGAGUACCUUCGACAACUUUCCCCAAGCUCUUCUCACUGUGUUUCAGAUCCUGACCGGAGAAGACUGGAACGCUGUUAUGUAUGAUGGGAUCAUGGCGUACGGAGGCCCUUCCUCCUCUGGGAUGAUUGUGUGCUUUUACUUCAUCAUCCUCUUCAUCUGUGGAAACUAUAUCCUGCUGAAUGUCUUCUUGGCUAUCGCUGUGGACAACUUGGCAGACGCAGAGUCUCUCAACACAGACGAAGGAGACAAGAAAGAUACGCUGACACCGACUUCACACUGUCUGCUUGACUGUAAGGAGGAGGAGGAGGACAAUGAUGAUACAGCAGCGGAGGAGGAGGAUCCAGAAGUACCAUCGGGGCCUCGGCCAGUCAUCUCUGAGCUGGUAAAGAAGGAGAAGAUCACUCCUAUCCCAGAGGGAAGUGCCUUCUUCAUCUUCAGCAGCACAAACCCGUUUCGCGUGUUUUGCCACAAACUCAUCAAUCAUCACAUAUUCACCAACCUCAUCCUGGUGUUCAUCAUGCUCAGCUCCGUCUCUCUCGCUGCCGAGGAUCCGAUCCGAAACUUCUCGGCUCGCAAUAUUAUACUUGGUUACUUUGACUAUGCUUUCACGGCUAUCUUUACUGUUGAGAUCGUUUUGAAGAUGACGACGUACGGAGCUUUUCUCCAUAAAGGCGCAUUCUGCAGGAAUUACUUCAACCUUCUUGACCUGUUGGUGGUGGGAGUUUCCCUUGUCUCCUUUGGCAUUCAGUCCUCAGCCAUCUCAGUGGUGAAGAUUCUUAGGGUCCUUCGUGUUCUUCGGCCCCUGAGGGCCAUCAACAGAGCCAAAGGCCUGAAGCACGUGGUGCAGUGUGUGUUUGUGGCCAUCAGAACCAUCGGUAACAUCAUGAUCGUCACCACUCUGCUGCAGUUCAUGUUUGCCUGUAUAGGUGUGCAGCUAUUUAAGGGAAAAUUCUAUCGCUGCACCGAUGAAGCCAAGUCCAGCCCAGAAGAGUGCAAGGGCACCUACAUCCUGUAUAAGGAUGGAGAUGUGAACCAGCCAACCAUCCACAGACGACUGUGGCACAACAGUGAAUUCAAUUUUGACAACGUCCUCAUGGCUAUGAUGGCUCUGUUCACUGUGUCCACGUUUGAAGGCUGGCCUUCGUUACUAUACAAGGCCAUCGACUCCAACAGGGAGAACCUCGGCCCCAUUUACAACUACCGUGUGGAGAUUUCCAUCUUCUUCAUCAUCUACAUCAUCAUCAUUGCUUUUUUUAUGAUGAACAUCUUUGUAGGUUUUGUGAUCGUCACGUUUCAGGAACAAGGAGAGAAAGAGUACAAAAACUGUGAACUGGACAAGAACCAGCGUCAGUGUGUGGAGUACGCUCUUAAGGCGCGUCCGCUGAGGAGGUACAUACCUAAGAACCCGUACCAGUACAAGUUCUGGUAUGUGGUGAACUCCACUGGGUUUGAGUACAUCAUGUUUGUGCUCAUCAUGCUCAACACACUCUGCCUCGCUGUACAGCACUAUGGCCAAUCAACGACAUUUAACUAUGUAAUGGACAUUCUCAAUAUGGUCUUCACUGCUGUCUUCACUGUGGAAAUGGUUCUCAAACUCAUCGCUUUCAAGCCCAGGCACUAUUUCGCUGAUGCUUGGAACACAUUUGAUGCCUUAAUUGUUGUUGGUAGCGUCGUCGAUAUUGCUAUCACUGAAGUUAAUCCAACGGAGACUCCUCAGGUGGAUGAGAUGGGGAACACAGAGGACAGCGCUCGCAUCUCCAUCACCUUCUUCCGUCUGUUUCGAGUCAUGCGGCUGGUCAAGCUCCUGAGCAGAGGGGAGGGCAUUCGCACCCUGCUUUGGACUUUCAUCAAAUCCUUCCAGGCUCUGCCAUAUGUUGCUCUUCUGAUAGCCAUGCUGUUCUUCAUCUACGCUGUCAUUGGCAUGCAGGUGUUUGGAAAGAUUGCAAUGGUGGACGGCACACACAUCAACAGAAACAACAACUUCCAGACCUUCCCUCAGGCCGUGCUGCUUCUGUUCAGGUGUGCCACUGGAGAGGCGUGGCAGGAGAUCAUGUUGGCCUGUAUGCCCGGGAAACUGUGUGACCCAGAGUCGGACUACAACCCCGGGGAGGAGAUGACGUGUGGCAGUGGAUUUGCAAUAGUUUACUUCAUCACCUUCUACAUGCUCUGCGCCUUCUUGAUUAUUAAUUUGUUUGUGGCCGUCAUCAUGGAUAACUUUGACUAUCUGACACGUGAUUGGUCCAUUCUUGGUCCUCACCACCUUGAUGAAUUCAAGAGAAUUUGGUCAGAGUACGACCCAGAGGCCAAAGGCAGAAUUAAGCAUCUGGAUGUUGUAACCCUUCUUCGUCGUAUUCAGCCGCCUCUCGGCUUUGGCAAACUGUGCCCUCACAGAGUGGCUUGCAAGAGGCUGGUAGCCAUGAACAUGCCUCUGAACAGUGACGGCACAGUCAUGUUUAAUGCCACUCUGUUUGCACUGGUGCGAACGGCCCUGAAGAUCAAAACAGAAGGUAAUCUAGAGCAGGCCAAUGAAGAGCUGCGAGCUGUCAUCAAGAAAAUCUGGAAAAGAACCAGCAUGAAGCUGCUGGAUCAAGUGGUGCCUCCUGCUGGUGAUGAUGAGGUAACCGUGGGGAAGUUCUAUGCCACCUUCCUGAUACAGGACUACUUUAGGAAAUUCAAGAAACGUAAAGAGGAAGGCCUGGUGGGUGCUCACCCCUCCCAGAACAACACAGCCAUUGCUUUACAGGCUGGCCUUCGCACGCUGCAUGAUAUUGGGCCCGAAAUUCGCCGAGCGAUAUCAUGUGAUCUGCAAGAUGACGAACUAGUAGACUUUAUUCCAGAGGAAGACGAGGAAAUUUAUAGGCGUAAUGGCGGACUCUUCGGUAACCAUCUCAUGAACGGCGGUCAUCGGCGAUCCAACGGCCACCAGACCAACGCCACACAGCGACCUCUGCAGGUGCAGCCCCCUCCUCACUACGCCCACAUGGAGCAGCCGGUGGGACGCCUGUCUCGAGCCAACGCAAUGUCCCACCCCAACCACCAUCAUCACCACCACCACCAUCACCACCGCCACCACAACUCCUAUGGCAAGUCUCCCAAAUCCACCAACAUCAACCUCAACAAUGCCAACGUGUCCAGUCUGCCCAACGGAGGACACCAUCGCUACUAUGAGCACGCACCUCCCAAUGGCUACCCAGGUCUACGCAGCUCCUACUACGACUAUGACAAGCCGCGGACCCCCCAGGGUCAAAGAAGGCGCUACUAUGAGACGUAUGUUAGGUCCCAUGGAGGGGAUGGACGCCACCCCACCAUCCGCAGGGAGGAGGAGUUUGAUGAAGACCGCUACUCUGGGGAGUAUUACAGUGGGGAGGAGUUUUACGAAGAUGACAGUAUGCUGUCAGGGGACAGGUAUCAGAACAGUGACACGGAGUAUGAGACUCCCAAAGGUUACCAUCACCCUGACAGUUACUAUGACGAUGAUGAGCAGCCUCUCUACCGCGACUCGCGCAGGUCACCAAAGAGACGGCUGCUUCCUGCCACACCUCAAGGUCACAGGAGGCCAUCCUUCAACUUUGAGUGUCUUCGCAGACAAAGUAGCCAGGACGAGCUUCCACAUCAGCGUACUGCUCUACCACUGCACCUUAUGCAGCACCAGGUAAUGGCUGUAGCAGGCCUGGACUCCAGCAGAGCCCAUCGCCUCUCCCCGACCCGCUCCACCCGCUCCUGGGCAACUCCCCCUGCCACCCCGGCCAGUAAAGACCAGUCACCAUACUACACCCCUCUCAUCCGUGUGGACCAGCAACACAGGGGGAGUACUGCUAGCAGCCAUGUGUCUGUGCGCAAGAGCUCCUGGUACACAGAUGACCCCGAGUACUCUCAGAGGACGUACUCACCUGUCCACCUGCAGGUGCCACCUGAGUUCCAUAACCAGUACCACCAGAAGAGAGGCAGCGCAACCAGCCUAGUGGAAGCGGUUUUGAUAUCAGAGGGGCUUGGGAGAUACGCCAAGGAUCCCAAGUUUGUCGCUGCAACAAAGCAUGAGAUAGCAGAUGCAUGUGAGAUGACGAUAGACGAAAUGGAGAGUGCCGCCAGCCACCUACUGAACGGAGGGAUGGCCCCGGGCGUCAACGGGGUCAACGUGUUUCCCCUUCUGACUCCAAGGGACUAUGAACUGCAGGACACCGCAGCCAGCUACAGCGACGAGGAGCCAGAGACAGAACCCAGAGCUCCUUAUGAGGAGGACCUGGCAGAUGAGAUGAUCUGCAUCACAACUUUAUAGCACUGGCUGGAGAAAUCUGCAAAUUAGAACCAG